ACUUUGAUUCUAGAAAAGUCAAAAAUCUAAGAUAUGAUGGUGGUGAAGAAAGUCCACUUCAUGUUGUUGUUCAAAGUCAAAAAGGAGCCUUCUUCAAGGAACAGAUGUGGAAUACUAUUCGCUUUUUGAUUGCAUUGUUUUUGAUUCUGUCCGUGAUUGAAGCUCAACUGCAGAUGAAAAUGACAACAAAUCAAAAAGAAAUUUUACCAGACAGUGUGGACAGGAAGUUUAGAUUUAACGAUGUUCAAGGGGUUGAGGAAGCCAAAGAAGAACUGCAAGAGGUUGUAGAAUUUUUAAGAAAUCCAAACAAGUUUAAAAAACUUGGUGGAAAAUUGCCAACUGGUGUUCUUUUAAUUGGAGCUCCAGGUACUGGAAAAACCUUACUUGCCAAAGCAGUAGCUGGUGAAGCCGGUGUCCCUUUCUUCUUUUGCUCAGGAUCUGAAUUUGAUGAAAUGUUUGUUGGUGUGGGUGCUGCAAGAGUUAGGAACCUCUUUGCUGCUGCCAGGGAGCAUGCACCAUGCAUUGUUUUCAUAGAUGAACUUGAUGCCAUUGGUGGCACAAGAAUUACUAAUGAUCACCAGCCUUACUCAAGGAUGACACUUAAUCAGCUGCUUGUUGAACUUGAUGGGUUUGAAAAGUCUGAGGGUAUUGUUGUCAUUGGUGCAACCAAUUUCCCAGAAAUCUUGGACAAAGCCCUUGUGAGACCUGGUCGGUUUGAUACAAAGAUUGAUGUUCCAAUGCCUGAUGUCAAGGCCCGUUACAACAUUUUGAAAGUCCAUCUCAAGAAUGUGCAUGUUUCGGAUGAUGUUGAUCUUGAAGUACUUGCAAGAGGUACACCUGGAUUUUCAGGUGCAGACCUUGCUAACCUAGUGAACCAAGCAGCCAUAAAAGCAGCCUCUGAUGGAGAUCCUGCAGUUACAACAAAUCAUCUAGAAUUUGCAAAAGAUAAAAUUAUCAUGGGUCCUGAGCGCAAGAGUGCAGUCAUCACUGAAAUGAAUAAGAGAAUUGUAGCUUAUCAUGAAGGUGGUCAUGCUAUUGUUGCCUACUACACUCCAGGUUCCCUUCCUCUUCACAAAGCUACCAUCAUGCCUCGUGGGCAAGCAUUAGGUAUGGUAUCACAGCUGCCAGAAGCUGAUCAAUUACAGUGGACAAAAAAACAGUUACUCGCCAAACUGGAUGUUUGCAUGGCUGGUCGUGUUGCUGAGGAAGUAAUAUUUGGUAAAGAAAAUGUUACAACUGGAGCAUCUAGUGACUCUCAGCAAGCUACAGCACUUGCCAGAGCAAUGGUUACAAACUACUGCAUGAGUGAUAAACUUGGCAUGGUGCAGGUAAAAGAUAAAGAACAAUUGAGUCCAGAAACACAAGCAUUGAUAGAAAGUGAAGUUAAAAAGCUAUUAACGGAUGCCUAUGAAAGAGCAAGAAAUGUCAUUCAGUCUCAUGCAAAGGAACAUAGACAAUUAGCAGAAGCUCUUCUCAAAUAUGAAACAUUAGAUGCUACAGAAAUUCAACUGGUUUUGCAGGAUAAACCACUGAAUAGGCAGUUAUGACAAGUGUAGAUGUUUUGUCUGCAUCUAACAAUGUAGGUAACUGCUGAUCUCACAGAAUUGUGAUAGUCCAUUGAAAGUUCACUUCAUCACCACACCAACUAAACUAACGAGCUGUAUAAUUUGCAUUAUAGAUUAAUGAACUGAUAAUAUAGUCCAUUAAUGAAUGAAGUAUUUGAAAACAUUGCAAACUAUUUCACGUCACAUAUUUGAUAUCUUCAGUGUUGUUUAGAAUAAGACUUUUUUAAGUUUACACAAUAAGCUUUACUUUGAAUUCUUGUCUUCUCUUGACUGGCAAAAGGCCAAAAUCAAUUAAGAUAAUAAUGACAGUGUAUUAAAGUGGAUAUGUUUGCAUAUGAAUGUGAUGAUGAUUGAGGAAAUGUUAAACAGUCUAUCCCAGUUUGGUGAGAUUGUCAUGACUGGACAAUGAUUUCUUUGUUGAAAUGUUUUAUGUGCAGUGGUAGUGGCAAUGGUGUUGUACCAUUGUUGUAUCUUGUAUACAUUUCUUUUUGUAACAUUCAGAGAUUAAAAAAAAAAACAAAUAUUUAAUAACAUGCUAUACAACCAUAACACAAAACUAAAAAUAUUUUAUAAUUCUUUAUUUAGUACAAAAAUAGUUGAUGUCACUGAAGCAGAGGAGCCAAAAAAAAUCAAUUUGUCAAUGUUUUCUGUGCCAAUCACAGGGUUUGUGCUACUCUUGAAGUCCUUGAAAAGUCGUGGUUUUAAGAAGUCAUUUUUGAGGGCGCUUGAAAGCCCUUGAAAAUGGGAAACAUCGCUGAAACUCCUGCAAAACUCCUUAAAUCUGAUAAAAUUGAUAUGUUGCUUGUUAUCUUUUGGAUUGAAAUAAGGCUACAUUUGUAUUUUUGAAAAUCGCCACUUGAAACGUCUGUAAACAUCAAAAAAUAUCUUCAAAAAUACUCAUUGAAAAUUUGAAAAGUCACGGAAUUUUGUAGUGAAAAUGUAGCACGAACCCUGUUUAAAGUCAAGUUUUGUUUCACUAGACUAUAGUCAUUUUAAGUAUAGCAGACUUUAUAUUGCUUUUCUAUGUUUCAGCUGGUGUAUUAAAUGUUGUCAUGUAGAUACUGUUUCUCAGACUAAGUGCAAACAAUUCUAUUAUACAAUAAAUCAUUGAAGGCCUUUUUUGAAUUGUAUGUAUGGAGAGAGGUAGAAUUGAGAAAAACAAUACAGAAAUAAUACAUGAUAAAUAGAUACAAAAAAAAAACAAUGGAAGUAUUUAAAUUUGUAAUUUAGUGAGUCACAAGUAUGGCAAAAGUGUGACUCAAGUGGAGCUCAAAAUGCUUGUGAGCACACAAUGGGUACCAAACAUUAAAAUUGCAUUUAAAUUGGCUGGAAUAUUAUUUGCCAUUACCAUCCUCUUCCAAAAUACAAUCAUGUUUAUCUUUGUAAAAUAAAUUGUUCAUAAUGUGGA